AUGCACGAACUUUGGGAUGAUUUGGCCCCUUGGACCACUAGUUACUACAAGGGCAAGGACUACGGCGACUCCGGAAUGUUCAUGUACGAAUUCAGAAUGAAGGAGUGCCCAGGCCUGUUGAACGUGAUAAAGCACUACGAAGAUAAGCAGCCCUUCAAAGGAGUACAAAUUACAGGAUGCCUGCACAUGACCCAGGAGACCAUCAAUUUGGCAUAUACGCUCUAUAGGCUGGGAGCUCAAGUGAGAUGGGCUUCCUCAAACCCAUACACUUCUAACGACAUGUCCGUCUUCACAUGUAUUAAGCAGUUCAAUCCAAAAAUAGCAACGUUCGGUCAAAAAAAUAUGUCCAUGGAAGAGUAUUUGUGGUGUAAGUACCAGUCAAUAAACUGGCCGGAAACUGACAAACCACUGCUCCUGGUGGACGAUGGAUGUUCAAUGUACACCAUGAUUCUAUACGGGAAGGAGUUGGAAGAUAGAUACAACGCAACGGGAAAGUUGUACGACCUGUCGGAGGUGGAAGAAUCCGACAGAGAUAAGAUUUAUCUCUUUAAGUUUUUGAACUACACAGUGCCAAAAAACCCACACUUCUAUAACAACCUCAUCAAGAGAAUAGUGGGUCUGUCAGAGGAAACAACUAGCGGUGUGUGGCAAUUCAGAAAGUUUGAAAAAAUGAAUAGACUUCACUUUCCAAUUUACUCGACAAACGACGUUAUUUCUAAGUCCAAGUUCGACAACAACUACGGAGCAAGGUACAGUGCCAUUGAUGGUAUUCAUAGAGGAGCCGAGGGGGUACUUGUAGGAGGAAGAGAAGUGGUGGUUAUUGGUUACGGGCACGUCGGUAAGGGGGUGUGUAUGGGAUUCAGAGGAGCAGGAGCAAUAGUGAAAGUGUGCGAAGCAGACCCCCUGUGCGCAAUGCAGAGUGUUAUGGACGGGUACCCAGUCGUACUCCUGGAGGACACACUUGAAACAGCAGAUAUAUUCGUAACGGCUACCGGAGGAAUAGAGGUCAUUAGACUGCAUCACGUGAGGAAGAUGAAGGACGGAGCAAUCCUGGGAAACAUAGGCCAGGGAGACAGAGAAAUAUUCAUGCCCGAAAUAGUUAAAGACCCGAACCUGGAAAUUAUUGAGUUGAAUAAUAAUGCACACUACUACAGGUUCAAGGACUUAAACAAAGGCGUAAUAAUUCUAUCUCACGGAAGCCUGUAUAAUCUAGGAUGCGCUAACGGACACCCAUCUCUGGUGAUGUCAAUGUCCUUCACGACGCAGUUCUUCGCACUGCUGCAACUAUACGAAAACAGAGGAAAGUUGGAAAACACAGUUCACCAAAUCCCAAAGAAAAUUGACGAGACGAUAGCAAGAUUCCACCUGGAGGCGCUAAACGCUAAGCUUACGGUCCUGUCUGACAGCCAGUGCGAGUUCCUGGGAGUAAAUAAGGAGGGCCCAUACAAGCACCAACGGUACACAUACUGA